CCGGAAAUCGAAUUGGGCAUGGCCAUGGUUCGGGUUAGGAAUUCUCAACCCGAAAUCAGAUGAAGUUGACGCCAUCCGAAUAUAUUGAUUCAUGGGUUAAUCCUCUAACCAGUUCAACUUUUCACAGGUGUUUUAGAGAGCGAAGAUGGGGAGGAACAACAACAGCGACAGCGAAGAAGACGAAACCCUGUACUACCGCUAUGCCUCCUCCUCAAUUCCUAACCCUAACCCUAAAUCUAACUCCUCCAAACUCCAGAAAAGAUCCAGCGGUUCCGGAAGUCUAGCUCCUUCUAAAUCAACGGUCUACGUCUCCAACCUCGACUACACCCUUACCAACUCCGACCUCUUCACCAUCUUCUCCACCUUCGGCAAAGUCGCCAAGGUCACCAUCCUAAAGGAUCGCCACACUCGCCACAGCCGCGGCGUCGCCUUCGUACUCUUCGUCUCCCGUGACGAGGCCAUCGCGGCCGCUCGUGAGAUGAACGGCAAGGUCCUCAAUAAACGCACCCUCACCGCCUCUAUAGCCGCCGACAACGGUCGGGCCGCUGAGUUCAUUCGCCGCAGGGUUUACAAGGACAAGAGCCGCUGUUACGAGUGCGGAGAGGGUGGCCAUUUGUCGUACGAGUGCCCCAGGAACCAGUUGGGCCCCAGGGAGCGUCCGGUGCCGAAGCGCUCACGGCGCGGGCAGGGCGGGAGUGAGGCCAGGCAGAACGGUGAUCACGACAACGGCGGAUCGGAUGGCGGGGAAGCAUUUGAGGAUGAUAAUUGGGCGUCAGUGGUCGAUACUGGUGCUGAUCAGAGGUUAUUAAAGGGAAGUGAGGGUUUGGAGAUGAGGAAGAAGGGGAAGAAAGAGAAAAAAGCAAGUUAUUUUAGUGAUGAGAGUGACGAGGAGGAGUAAUUUUGAAGUGGGUUUUGUUUGAAAUGUAGGAUUUGAAUUGGGUCAAUGGAGUCUGGAACAAUCUCAGUAAAGGAUGAUUAAUCAACCAGGUGCAGGAUUCAAGAGGAAGCUCAACUUUAUGGUACUGGGGGCAAUUACUGCUGUCCUUCAUCUAUCAUUUCCAGGAGAUUUCAAGUUUGAUUCCCAGAGGAUGAACGAUGAGAUAGCAGAGGAAUGGAUCCUUGUAUAGUAAUUUUAAGAGGGAGAAUUUCAUAGAAUUUAUUGAUUACUGUGGCUUUCUUGAAACACUGAAGUUGAUGAAUAUCUACAGGCUUCGGUUGUUCAUGUGAUUACCAUCA